CAAACUUCGAUUCAGUCCGCAUGUUGUUGAAUUAAGAAUCAUGUGAUUCUCCGCGCUGCCAGAGAAGACCAAAGCUUGGCCUACUUCUGUUGUCUGGACGUUAAAAUGCUCGAGCAAGCGGAAACGUUUUAUUUUCUCCCUCUUCUUCUCCUUUGGGUUUCCCGUUAUUAGUCAAACAUGGCUGUUUACGCGUCAGCCGCAUUUCUUAUUCUAUUUGACACCGAAGGCUCCGGAGCCAAGUGAGGCAGACGUGCAGCAAUAACGGGCCGUCUCUUCGUUUCUUAUUCAUUUUACACGAUCAAGCGGAUGAGUCGCCGAAUGGAGCGAUGGACACGAGUGUCCGCGUUUAUUUAUUUAUUUUUUAAAUUAUUGUUAUUAUUCCGCUCAUCGGAAGAUGCUCCCAGUAGGCCGGAAACACGGGACAUCUCUGCUUGCGAUGGAAGGCGCUGAUGUCCACCGAUACCGAUGGAAAUGUGAAAUGUGCAGGGAGCAUCGCGGAGACGCAUUCAAAUCGCUUUAAAUGUAAUCUCGGAUGACGUGGCAAACGUGCUCCCAAAACAUGACAAAAAGGUCCAGCUGAAUCUUUUUAAGCGUGGAUGCACACUCCAUGGAAGGUCUGUGCCGAAAUGGGUUCCAUUUGUUCAGUUAUUUAGCAUUUUGGUCAUGAAUGGACCUGAUUCGAAAUUGCUAAUGUGGCUAAUGUUCUCCGACGAAAUGGUUACUGCGUCUUGAAAUAUUCUCGCGGUCGUUCCUUGAGUAUGCAUAUGGCCGUAAAAAAAGAGCUCAAGCUUGAAGUCGUUGGCACAAACGCAGAUUGUGAAUUAUUCAGCAUCAGCGGCGUCGAGUGCUUUGCACCUGCUGAGGCGAGGAGGAGGAGGAGGAAGAAGAGGAGGAGCCGCCGCCGCCGCCGCCGAUUCAGACGGCAGCCCGACAACAAGUUGGCAGCAUCUGCAUUUUUCUCUUUUCACUUGAGUUUGUCUUUCCAGGAUGCAAGUGCACGCUUUGUGUUUGCUGUGGGCUCCUUGUGUGUUUUUUCUGCAAGGCAGGUGGGCGCUGUGCAAGGAGGUGAAGUUACCCGGCGGCGCGUCCAGACCGCCCUCGCCGUCUGACUUCCUGGACAAGCUGAUGGGUCGCACAUCCGGCUACGACGCUCGCAUCCGACCCAACUUCAAAGGACCUCCGGUGAACGUCACCUGCAACAUCUUCAUCAACAGCUUCGGCUCCAUCACCGAAACCACCAUGGACUACCGAAUGAACGUCUUUCUGCGGCAGCAGUGGAACGACCCUCGACUGGCUUACAAAGAGUACCCGGACGACUCGCUGGACCUGGACCCGUCCAUGCUGGACUCCAUUUGGAAGCCCGACUUGUUCUUCGCCAAUGAAAAGGGAGCGAACUUCCACGACGUCACCACUGACAACACGCUGCUCCGAAUAUUCCAGAACGGAAAUGUCCUCUACAGCAUCAGGCUGACGUUAACCCUCUCGUGCCCCAUGGAUCUCAAGAACUUCCCCAUGGACAGCCAGACGUGCAUCAUGCAGCUGGAGAGCUUCGGCUACACCAUGAACGACCUCAUCUUCGAAUGGCUGGACGUGGGCGCCGUGCAGGUGGCCGACGACCUGGUGCUCCCUCAGUUUGUGCUGAAAGAGGAGCAAGGCCUCGGCUAUUGCACCAAGCAUUACAACACAGGUAAAUUCACCUGCAUUGAGGUCAAAUUCCACCUGGAGCGCCAGAUGGGCUACUACCUGAUUCAGAUGUACAUCCCCAGCCUGCUGACGGUCAUCCUGUCCUGGGUGUCCUUCUGGAUCAACAUGGACGCGGCCCCGGCCAGGGUGGGCCUGGGCAUCACCACCGUGCUCACCAUGACCACGCAGAGCUCCGGCUCCAGGGCAUCCCUGCCCAAGGUGUCCUACGUGAAAGCCAUCGACAUCUGGAUGGCGGUGUGUCUUCUUUUUGUGUUUGCCGCACUCUUGGAGUACGCGGCGGUGAAUUUUGUUUCCCGGCAGCACAAGGAGUUCUUCCGACUGAGGAAGAGGCUCCGAGAGCGAGCGCGCCAACGGAGCCAGGCGAGCGGCGAGGGCGAGACGAAAGGCGACGCGUCAGCCGGCGAGGCGGCUCACGGGAGCGCCGGGCAGCGGGCCUGCGCCUGCGCCCGCGCCUGCGCACGUGAGGAGGAGCUGGCGCGCCGGGGUUUAGUCUUGCGCGCGGGACUCGCCGGCGCCGCAGAAAUGGACGCGACGCCGGCGUUUGCCGACUCGCCUGCCGGCUCGGUCUACUACGACGCCAGGCGCCGCUUCGUGGACCGAGCCAAGAAGAUCGACACCGUCUCUCGCGCUGUGUUCCCGAUGACGUUCCUCGUGUUCAACGUCCUCUACUGGCUCACCUACAAGGUCCUUCGGCACGAAGAUGUCCAAGUGCGACUGUGAGCGCACGUGGAGGAUCUUCAACAGCUGAGCCGCGCAACGCGUGCCGAGGUGACUGCAUGUCAGCUGCUAUUUGCCACUUACAAACUUAUCAUCAUCAUCGUCGUCUGUUGUGGUUUUACAUUUUCAAUGGUGAACCGUUUGUCCCACGUGUCAGUGAGCACCUUCCUCCAAUUAAAUGGGAUUUCUUAGAUUUGGGGCAUUCGGACUGCUGCGCGCUCAUGUAACGAGUUAUACAUUCUGUUGUGCUCAUACAUUCAAAUGUGAACAUUCUUGCAAGCAGCGUCAAUGUUUGUACUCUUUUUUUUUUUUUUUUUGCUUUGUAUUUCUAUGAACGCUUUCUCGGCCCCUGACGUUUCGAUUUGUGUCACCGAUCAGUUCAGUUUGAUUUGGUUUGGUGAGGGUGGAACUAUUUUAGUUUUGGGGAUUGUUGUAGUUUACAUAAGUGUCGUGCGAAGCUGCAUCGUACCGAGAGCACUUUCUCCUAUUUUCAAUAUGCUAAUCAAACUGUUCUCAGGAAGAGGAAGUGCAGUUCUCCAUCAGUUGAAAAAUUGCAGUGGCAGAUAUGCGGAUACAAUUUUUGUAUGAGAUUGUGCGGGUGUACCUGAUGUUGUGACUGGUGAGUGUAUCACAGCAGGGUUCAUUCAGCAUUUCAAUUCUGCGCAAAACAACAGGUUGUCUGUCUUUUUUAUUUAUUUAUUUAUUUGAUUAAUCAUCCAGUUUGUUCAUGUCACAAUAUUUGUUUUGUUUUUUUCCCACUUUAUUUCGCAUUCCCUGCAGUGGGAGCUGAUCGUAUUGUUCUGGUAGUGUCUUUUGAUGUAUUUCAACAUCUUUCAAUAAAUGGCAUUGUGUCGAGACCUAAAAGCAUAUUGAUCCCCAUCAAUGUCAGUGAAUGAAUAUGAUUAAUAAUAGUCAUAUUAUUGAAACGUGGCAGACAUUUAUAUGGGUUUAAUCGUGUUUUUGU